AUGUUUGCUGCACUCUCGCCAAUGCAGCAACACGCCCCCAAUCCCUUCAGCUACCCCUGGACACCUGCUCGUCCAUCCCCGCUCUCCCCACGCGGAGCAUCCUCGUCAUCAUUCAAAACCACUACACCAAGCAACCAACCACAAUUCCAAGCUCCCGCGUCAAUAUUUGCAUUUACGCCCUCACCGUCGCCGUCUCACGAUAAAUCCGAACCCGUAAAUAUCUUUUCGCGUUCACGAAGCCCCAAUGCCAAUGCCAAUGCUGAUACCAACGCCACCACCUCGCCAACCCCAGCCCCAACAUAUGCGACUCGCUACGCAGCCACAAUAUCUAACCCCCUCAAUUCCCACUCCACAAAACGAACCUUCACAUCAUCAACCUCCCCGCGCGCGCGCUCUGUCCGGCGCAACGCAUUCCUCAACCGUGUCAAGCAGGAGCGCGAAAGUGGACGGUUCGAGGCGCGCGCAGAGCGGCUAGCCUACCUCGAGGAUAUUGCAGAGCAUAAGGAGUGGGCUGAAGACAUGAGGAUGAGAGCGGAUGAGAUCCAGUCUAAGUUUGGACUGGGGAUCGAAGAGACCGACGGGGAGGAGGAAUGUUUAGAUGGUGAUGAAGCAGACAUUCAAGCUUUAGAUGAGUAUCUCGAGCAAGAGCGCGCCAUGGAAAUGGAGCUGCAUGAGCGGAUGGAAAGUGCUGGGCACCACCCUCCACGCGGGGACGUCCCGAAGCAAAAUGACACAACUUCGUCAUUCAGCGAUGAGGAAUACGAUGAUAUUUUUAUGGACCUGGUAGACCACAAUACCCCUGAAGAUAUGGAUAUGUCCGGUUAA